AAAAAGUUGAGAAUUUAGAGAGGGAAGAUCAUUACUGGGUUGUUGCUACCCAACGCAUCUUCUGAAGAGAAGAGGCAGGUGGAAUUCAGGGAGGGAAAAGAACGAAAAAAACAAGAAGAAGAAACUAAAAAUAUGAGGAAUGUCGGUGGCCUUCAUCUUUGCCUUUUCUCGUGCUUCGUAUUGCUGGGUUGUUCUUCCCAAAGUCCCAUUGUGGGGAAUAGUAUAACUCUAAAUCAGUCAGUCAGAGAUGGGCAAAGCAUCGUUUCUUCCGGUGGAACAUUUGAAUUGGGUUUUUUCAGUCCUACAAAUUCUGACAACAGAUACUUGGGGAUUUGGUACAAGAAAAUAUCCGUUCAAACCGUUGUUUGGGUUGCAAACAGAGAUGUUCCGAUUGCAGACGCAUCUGGUGUUUUGAAGAUCGCUGGAGAUGGGAAUCUUGCCCUUCUAAAUCGAUCGGAAGCUGUGGUGUGGUCCACGAAUGCAUCCAAGGUAGAGAACCCAGUUGCCCAGCUCUUGGAUUCGGGGAAUCUCGUUAUCAGGGAAGAUAAGGAUGAUGACCCGAAGAACUAUCUGUGGCAGAGCUUCGAUCAUCCAACUAAUACGUUACUGCCAGGUAUGAAACUAGGUUGGAAUUUGAGAACUGGGUUAGAUCGGUUUCUCAAUUCAUGGAAGAGCGAUAGUGAUCCGUCCACAGGUAAGAUUUCUUUCAAGAUAGAUCACUAUGGAUACCCGCAGGCAUUUCUAUGGAACGGGAAGACGAUACAGUAUCGAAGCGGACCUUGGAAUGGGUUACAGUUCAGUGCGGUCCCUGAAAUGAAACCCAAUAACAUCUUCAACUUCAGCUUCACCUCGAAUGCAGAUGAAGUGUAUUACUCGUUUUCCCUGAAGAACGAUUCCGUCGUAUCGAGGCUUAUAGUGAGUCCAUCAGGUAUGCUUCAGCGAUUCACAUGGUUGGCCGAUGGGGACAGCGAAAGCUGGAAUCUUUACUGGUAUGCACCCAAGGACCAAUGCGACGAUUACAGAAUGUGUGGUGCUUACGGUAUAUGCGAUGCUAAUGCGUCGCCCGUCUGCCAGUGCCCAACAGGUUUUGAGCCAAGGGACCUUCAGAACUGGAAUUUGAGAGAUGGGUCUGGUGGGUGUGUUCGAAAAACAGGGUUCGAGUGCCAGAAGGGAGAUGAUGGGUUCUUGAUGUUGCAGAACAUGAAGGUCCCUGACACCUCCCAGGUGUUUGUGAAUGAGAGCAUGAGUCUUGCAGAAUGUGAAUCGGCUUGCAAGAGCAACUGUUCGUGUACAGCUUAUGCCAAUUCCAAAGUGACUCAAGGAGGGACUGGUUGCUUAUAUUGGACAGGUGAACUCAUCGAUCUCCGUGUGUUCCCGGACGGUGGCCAAGAUCUUUACGUGCGUGUCGCGGCUUCCGAUCUAGCAAAAAGCCAAGCCUCUGAUGCUAAUUCUAGAGAAAGGAAACAAUUGACUAUUGGACUCAGUGUCACAGUUGUGGGUGUUCUUGCAUUGGCAUUCAUUGGUUGCUUCCUAUGGAAGAGAAAGACAAAUGGAGGUGUGUUGAGUAGGAGAACAGAGGAAAGAGUUACCAGGGAGCAAAGCCAAGACAUGCAAUUUGUUGACUUGGUUGUGUCGAGCGGGAGAGAGUACUCAGAUGAAUGUAACAAAGAUGAUCUAGAGUUGCCUCUGUUCGAUUUUACUACAAUUGCAAUUGCCACAGAUAACUUCGACGAAGCAAACAAGCUAGGAAAAGGUGGUUUUGGUACUGUUUAUAAGGGUCACUUGGAGGGGGAGGACAUAGCUGUGAAGAGGCUCUCAAAGACUUCAGGUCAAGGGAUACAAGAAUUCAAGAAUGAGGUUAUGCUAAUUGCAAAACUUCAACACAGGAAUCUUGUUCGGCUUCUGGGUUGCUGUAUUGAUAGCGAAGAGAAGAUGCUGAUCUAUGAAUACAUGAAAAACAGAAGCUUGGACUCUAUACUUUUUGACAAGGGAAAAUCCUCAUCCUUGGAUUGGCCAAAGCGCUUCCAAAUCAUUGGGGGAAUUUCCAGAGGGCUUCUUUAUCUUCACCAAGACUCCAGAUUUAGAAUUAUCCAUAGGGAUCUCAAAGCUAGCAACAUUCUACUGGAUGGUGAUAUGAACCCCAAAAUUUCAGACUUUGGAAUGGCAAGAAUUUUUGGAGGGGAUGAAACUGAAGCAAAUACUAAGAGAGUAGUUGGGACAUAUGGUUAUAUGUCGCCUGAGUAUGCAAUGCAAGGGCUUUUCUCAAUAAAGUCGGACGUCUUUAGCUUUGGAGUAUUAUUAUUGGAGAUCAUCAGUGGCAAGAAGAACAAUAUAUAUUUUGAUGAAGAUCCUUCCAUGAAUUUAAUAGAACAUGUGUGGGACUUGUGGAAAGAAGAUAGAGCAUUGGAGAUAGUUGAUUCAUCAAUGGGUGACUCCUACACUGCUCAUGAAGUUUUGAGGUGCAUUCAAGUUGGGUUGUUGUGUGUGCAAGAGAGUGCAUCAGAUAGACCAACCAUGUCAAGUGUAACUUUCAUGUUGGAGAAUGAAACAAAGAUACCUACACCUAACCAACCUGCACUUAUUAUGAAGAGAACACUCAAGGGUCUAGAUUCAUCUACCACAGAUACAGGAUCUUGCUCUAUAAAUGAAGUGACAAUGAGUGUUGUAGAUCCUCGAUAAAGGAGAAAGCUUUUUGCAUUGUACCUUUGUGACCUUUAGAGGUUAGUAAUCCAUUAUCUUGUAAUUAAAAUGCAUCUUCGAAAUUUAAGUUUGAAAUAUUUUAAACCAACUUAGCACCCUUGAAAAUGGUUGUUUGCCUUCCCCUCAUUGUGAGGUUCAGAAUUUCAACUAGCAAAAAUUCCAU